GUGUAAUUAGUAUGUGACGCCAUUCAGUUUAUCAUGAUUAGGGAAUCCCUCUCUUCUUCAUAUUACAGUUAAAAGUUAUUUUAACCUGGACAGGUAGUACAUUUUCUGGUGAGGGUGUUUUAUUAACAUGCUCUUAUUCUUUCCCUACAUUGAAUGGCGGAGCAAACAAAUCUCCUGUGGAGGAUAAUCUUGUGUGUAAAAUCUCAAGGUGAGACCGAAGAGGCUCGCCUACAUUUUUAUAUACUUCCUAAUUCUUAAUUAUCUGUCGCCUUUAGUCAACAUAUGGCGAUUUGUUUCAAGCGAUUAAUAUAAUAAACGAUAUACUCAACGCGACAAGUAUAAUCUUAAUAUCGUAAUGAAACAAUGUAAUGAUUUAACGCUGUGUUACACCCUAUUUAUUCUGCUACUUAAGUCACCGAGUUAGCUUACAGAAUACCCAUAUACGUAGACAAUCCUCUUGGUCACGGGUUGAUGGAUAUCGUUAUGUUUUUACACACGGGAAUGCCAUGUACAAUGCAUAUAAUGCAAUUGUUGUUCCGUUCGAGACCGCCUAUUUAAAGUUAUUUUUCGUCUUGGCGUAAUGCUUCGAUUGAAAAUAGAAUGCACUAUAUAUUCAUGAUAGCAAAGACGUCUUUAGAAAUGUAUCAUACUUGAACAACUAGUUAAUUGUGACAUUGUUCAUACCUGUUUCCAUUAAAGGACGUGUAUGUAUAUAUUUAUCUAUUGAGCUGUACAACACAAUGUUUAAGACAAUACAUUCAGGUGUGACUGGAUUAACACAGUAUCCACGUAAACUAUUGCCUUGGGUGCAUUGGUAAUGGAGUAUCAACGAUGACGAAAAGCGGUAAGAAGAGCAAGGUGGGACCCACUAGCUCGGACUUUGAUGGAGUCAUGGCUAUUAGGACUAGGUCAAGGGGACACCAGCAUGACAACAGUAUUACCGAUCUUUUAGAUGACACACUCAAACAUCCACAAUGUGAUGUGAGCAAGUAUUGCGGCAAACGCUGGGCAGGCUACAAUCAAGAUACACAAUCAAAAUUUUACAAGGACGAUGACGAUUGUUCAAGUUGCUGUCUACCAAACAGGAAUAACCGAAACAAUCAGGACUCAAAAGAUAACCUCAUCGAAGACUUUAAAUAUGAGGACGGUAAUUCAUCAGAUUUACAUCAAUUAUUUCUGAAAUCUGAACAAUCUGAAACUUCUAAUCAAUCUACCGAAGUAGACUUACAGCUAGCAGAUAUAUUGCUUCAUUCUGGCACGGACAUCAAUGUUCCCGACUCUCAAGGAGAGACUGUCCUACACAAGGCUGCAAGAAAAUGGCACGUGGAUGUCGCGUUAUUUCUGUUAAAUCAUGGCGCUGAUGUAAAUUCUGCUGAUGUGAACGGAUGUAUACCAUUGCACGUGGCUGCUGCGAAUAACUACACAGACAUGUUGACCCUUCUCAUCGAACACGGAGCAAACAAAGAAGCUAGAACAAAAGGAGAUCUACAAACGCCCAUUUUCUUUGCUGCCAGAUACAACUGCAGUGAAGCACUGAACUGUCUGAUAGAUCAUGGUUGUCAGUUUGACGACAUACAGGAUUACAAAGACAGAUACCCGAUACAAUUAGCUGCCGAACAAGACAGAAGUAUAACGACGCGUUUACUACUGAAGAAAGGCGCUCGUGCCUGGAUGAACCGGAACAACGUUCCCGGAUACGGAACCAUUGGUUGGAUGAUCAUCAACAUGCCUGCUGUGGCGUACGAAGCUCUUGAUGCUUACCAUACCACUGACCAGACACACCGUAGCCAGAGCUUCUACCUCUACCAACUAAUGGCAGACGAGAAGAAAGAAUCGUUUAUUGACUUGCCGCUCCAGGCAGCCGUCAACAAACACCAGUACAAUCUUCUGUCUCAUUCUGUCUUCUCCACCCUCAUCCAGUACAUGUGGGAUGAGUAUGCUAGGCGGCGCGCCAUUAUGUGGUUCCUAUAUAACAUAGUUUAUAUCGUGAUCUGGUCACUGAUUGGGGUGCUGGUUUCCUAUGAAAAUAAGCACUACUAUGACUUGCCUGGCCAAUGGUGGAGACUUUUUCUACACGUCAUCGGUAUCGGUCUCACCAUAUGGGAAAUUAUAGGAGAAGUCUUAGAAUAUCGUCGCUCUAUUACCAAAAACGACGAAUGGAAGAAGUUCAGAGCGGAUGAACUAUAUGCAGACAUGAAACAUUGCAUUGAUAGUUCAGACCGACAGUUUUUACAAGAUGAGUUACAUCAAGUUGAGAAGCAAAUUCCUAGAUACUUCAAAGACUUUUGGAACGUAUUUGACUGGGUGUGUUACGGAAUGCAGGGCAUAUGCAUAAUUUCCCAUCUUGCUGACGUCAUCCGUCACUCCGAGGAGGCAGCCAGAUUCCAUAUCAAUUUUAUGGCACUCACGCUUAUUCUCCUCUGGUUGAGACUGGCGAAAUGUGCCAGACCUUUUAAGCGACUCGGGCCACUCAUUGUAAUUCUGGCGAAGAUGAUUGAGGAUUUCAUCCUGUUUGGAUGUCUUUACCUUCAGUUCUUUCUCCCAUUUGUGUGUGCCUAUUGGAUGAUAUUUGGUGGUGAGAGGGUGACGUAUGAUACUCGUUACCAUGACAACAAUACAACCGAGUACGUUAACGUUGAGGGUUUCACCAGAUUUGGGGACGUCUUCUUCAGUCUCUUUAGGAUAACUCUUGUGGAUGAUUAUGAUUACCAGACAAUGAAGUCAGUGGAUCCUAUUAUGACCGACAUCCUAGUGGGAUCAUGGUUAACAGUGUCUGCCAUUGUCUGUCUCAACCUCUUCAUCGCUCUUCUUUCGGAUUCAUUUCAAAGAGUAUACGAUAACGCCCAUAGUAUAGCCCGGAUGCAGAAGGCCAUUGUAUGUUUGGUGGACUGGGACCUUCUCAGUAAGAGCAGACGGAAGCAGAUCCUGAACGACAUGAGAGAGCGCUGUAAUCCUCUCCAGGAGGCUUACGAUGACGACGACGUGGAAGAACAAACAGAUGGGAAUGAAAUGCAGACUGCCGUUAUACAGCUUCGGGAAAUAACAAGAAUCCAAAAACAAAACCAGGAUGACCUUGUGAAUAGAUUAGAUCAUGAUAUCAACAAAAUUGAGAGGGACAUAUCUGAAAUAAAAGAUAUCAUUUUAAUGUUACAAUCUUCCGGCCUACCGCCAGGACAUCCUAACUACGGAGGAGCAGGCGACUUUGUUGCAUCUGAGCUUACAAGAUCAAGGUCGACAUCAAAAAAGAAAAAGAAGAAACGAAAGACUUCUUCAAGAGACGACAGGGAUGAUAUCGAAGCUGUGGACAAGAGCGAUCUAGAGCCUUGGACAAUACCUUCGACAGGCCAAAUGAAAGUAGCAGACAUCUCUUCACUAAACAUGGACGAUGAUGAAAACUUAUAAUUUCUUUUUAUGCAUUUAAUAAUAACA